AUGGCAUAUUUAACAGAGAAAAUAAAUGGUAAUAUUAAAAUAGAGGAACAUACUUUUAAUGAUCACGAAAAUAGUUUAAAAGAAAAUAUUCAUGAAAGUAAAGAAAUUAUAUAUACAUUAAAAGAUAAUACAAAUAUAAUAGAUAAUAAACAGAUAAAUAAAAAUAAAAUUAACGAGCCAUUAGAUAAAAAACAUAAAAAUAAAGAAAAUAUAAUAAAUAACGAAAAUAUGGGGAAUGAAAAAAGUGAAGAAAAAAUGAAAGGCACCAAUGAUAAAAACAGUGAAAAUGAAAAUAUUAAAUCACCUGAAUCAUUAAUGAGCGAUUGUAAUUCUGCUGAUAAUUUAAAAAAAGACAUGAAAGAUAAUGAUAUAGAAGAAAAAAUAGAAGAUAAAAAUGGAGAAAAGGAGAAAAAAGAGGGAGAUAUAUCAAAAAAAAAUAUUAGUAUUGAAUUGCUAAAGAUAUGUGAUGCUUUAAAAAAUGUAGGAAAUAAGUAUUUUAAGGAAAAUAACUAUAUCGUUUCUUUAAAAUAUUACACAGAAGCUAUUAAUUUAUUAAAAAAAUUUUAUGACAAUACCAAUGUAGAAAUAUUAAAAAAAAUAAGUAUUGAUAACUUACAGAAUGAAGUAAGUGUAGAUGAAGUAGAUAAAGAUUUAUUUAAUGAAUAUUAUACAAAAAGUACUGUUUCCAAAAAGGAUAAUUUUAUUAGUAUAAAAGAAACUGAUCUUCAUAUAUAUUAUACGAAUAGAUCAUUUUGUCACAUGAAACUAGAAAGUUACGGUUUGUCUAUACAAGAUAUAGAUGAAGCAAUAAAAAUUAAUCCUUUUUAUGCGAAAGCUUAUUAUAGAAAAGGAUGCUCUUAUUUAUUACUAUCUGAUUUAAAAAGUGCAUCAGAAUGUUUUCAGAAAGUAUUAAAAUUAACAAAAGACACAAAUUCUGAGAUAAAAUUAAAACAAUGUAAAAAGCUUUUAUUUGAACAGCAUUUUCAGAAAGCUAUAGAAUUAGAACAAAAAAUGCCUUACUACCAGACAUUAGUACUAGAUACCCUUAAAAUAGAAAAUACUAAUGCUCCUAUAUAUGACAGAAAUAAUUUAAAUAUAGAUUUUUUGAAAAAAGUAGUAGAUUACAUUAGUGUACCAAAUCAAAAGUUAAACAAGAAAUGUGUAUGUGCAAUAGUUUUAGAUGUAAUCAAUCUGUUAAAAGAAUUACCAACUCUAGUAUAUUUAAAUUUACAGUCAGAUGAGACUUUAACCAUAUGUGGAGAUGUACAUGGACAAUUUUAUGAUUUAUUAAAUAUAAUGAAUAUAAAUGGAUAUCCAUCAGAAAAUAAUUCUUAUUUAUUCAAUGGGGAUUUUGUAGACAGGGGAAGCUUUUCUGUAGAGGUAAUUAUUUUCUUAUAUUUGGCGAAAUUGACAUUUCCAAAUAAUGUUCAUUUAACUAGAGGAAACCAUGAAACGGACAAUAUGAAUAAACUAUAUGGAUUUUUAGGAGAAUUACAAGAAAAAUAUGAUGAUAAAUUACAUACCUUAUUUUCUGAUUCAUUCAAAUUUUUACCAUUAGCAUAUGUAUUAAACAAAACAAUUUUUAUAUGUCAUGGAGGAAUACCAAGUAAAAUGGAUACAACUUUAGAAGAUAUUCAAAAAAUUGAUAGGAAUACAGAACCCUUAGAUGAAGGAGUAAUGACAGAUUUGCUAUGGUCAGAUCCAAAUGAAGAAAAAGGAUUCAAACCCUCUAAAAGAGGCAUAGGAUUUUCUUUUGGUACUGAUAUUACUGAAAAUUUUCUAAAAAGAAAUAAUUUAAGUCUUAUUAUUCGAUCUCAUGAAGUAAGAGACGAAGGAUAUUCAAUUGAACAAAAUGGUAUGUUAUACACUGUUUUUAGUGCACCCAAUUACUGUGAUAUUAUGAAAAACAAAGGGGCCUUUUUAAAAUUUAAAGGAAGUUCUACCAAACCUGAGUGUGUAACAUUUACUGAAGUAAAGCAUCCUGAUGUUCCAUCUCUUAAAUAUGCUCAUAAUUUAUAUCAAAAUAUUUAA